CUGCUUCUGGUUAUGUAUGUUGUGACUGCGGCUGGAGAGGAAGGAACCUUUUCUUUUUCUUGUUGCUCUGCCGCGGCAGCUGCAGCAGUGCGGGUGAGGAGUGGCUGACUUGUUUCUCCAUAGUGCUGUUUGUGUGACUGUGUGAGACUGUGCCCUUCUGGCUUUAUGUGAACUACUGUGUUAACGGUGAAAAAGGGCAUGUCCUUUUGAAAUGGCUGGACUGAGGGAAUAUCCAGAGCAAGCAGGGCAUAUCCUGGGUAAUUUAGCAUUGAGCUGGAUGAUACCAGAUGUCUAUUGUCUGUUUUUUUUGUGCUAGGCCUCAGCUCUGCCAAUACAUUCAUUCUUUCUUCUUAUUUUCCUCUCUUCAAUGCUUUGCAUGCCCCUCAGCAUGAUCUAACAGGCCGGGCUGGCCCAUAUUUGUGGAUCGUGCAGAUGUGAGAGGAGGUAAUGGAGUCUGGCCGCAGUGCACCCAUCCAUUUUAAUAAAGGCAGCAGCUGUGGCUGCCGCUGCUAACCCAGCUAGCAACUCUGAGCCUCCCCCCCGCUCCUUGGUCUUUUGUCUCUCUGUGGAAGACAGCUCACUGCUGUGCAGCGCGCGCACGUUCUUGUCUCUCAUAUGCAUACUAUUUUUUCAACAGAGAACACCUUCAAUUUACCUAUAUAAACACCCAAUCAUCUUACCAUUUUUUUUCUGGCUGACAUUUGUAUUCAUUAAAUUGCACUUGUUCAUUUAGCAUGAUCCAGAAGUUUAUUUGUUGCUCAUGGAAAGGAAAUGGCAUCUGAUGAGACUAAAACAGAGGAAAUCACUCUGUCAUCUGUGCUGGCCAUUCAGCAUCCAAGCAUCACCAUCAACACUAAGGGCUUGUGUAUCCCAGUUGAACAUCGUUAUUAUUCUGUCAUCCUAUCAGCACAUUUGUAUUUGAACUGUUUUUGUGUGCCCUUGUCUGAUUUUUUUUUCUUUGUGUGAGGUACAGGGCAUGCUGUGCUGCAUUGUUGACUGACGUGAUUAGUCAGAAAGAUCCUGUUCAUUCAAACAUUUACUUUUCCUAUAUCAUUCAUCAGUAAUCAAAUGAAAAUUGGGAAGCUUGCAUUGAUAUGAUUUCAAGCAGCACAAUUUUUAUUUGUACAAAGACCGCAGAAACAUUGGUCAUUUUGUCAGGCACGUUAGAGCACUUAGUUACUGUUUGCCGAAACCCAGCAGCUUCAUUUGUGUGUGUGUGUGUGUGUGUGUGUGUAUCUGGUGUGUCCUUACGGUAUGACAUAAGUCGAGGUUCAUACCAUCAUAUUAUUUGACAUUAGCUUUAGAAGUGCUCCUUCAGGAACAGAGUUGAUGUAUGAUGGCUAUAAAUACAAAUUUAAAUGUGUGGGAAUAGUCAAAUCAGUAACAGGGAACCCCAAAUAGAAUAGAAUAGAAUUGAUAUUUUGGAUUUAUAGUAGUAGAUAUGGUCAUGUGUGCUUGUGAAUCUAUAAUAUAAUGUUUUAUAUUGAUGAUAUAUUAAUGUAGCAUAAUAGCAUAUUUUACAUGCAGACUUAGAUCCACUCUACCAAAAUAUUUCCUGAAUAACCCAGAUCAAGUUUUACAGCACUAUGCUAUUUAAAACCAUGGAUGAGGGUUGUUAUGAUUUUACUAAGUAGGAUGAACCAUGCAGCUACUAUUAAGCCAUUGCUGUUUACAGUGUCACAUAGAAAAUGCUUUCAAAUGUUUUUAAAAUUGUUUUCUGUGCCAGUGUAUUAAAAAUUGUAGUUUGGUCCAAAAAUUGUCCUCCACCUAAUUUUUCUGUAUGGAAGGGCAAGGUGACAUGGAUGUCACUGCAGGGUGUUCCUGAACACUAGAUUCCUCUGGAAUUAGUCGUGACUGCAGUUUGCCUCAGGCUUCAAUAACAUUUCUUAUGAUAAUAAUGAAUAAUGGUUAUACAAAAUGCAUUGUAUUUCAAUUAUUUUUUAUACAUUGCUCUAUGUAGCCUUAGUGAAAACCAACACAAGUGAAAGCAACACAAUGAAACGAGGAGGAGGACCAGCAGCAAAUAAUGUGAAUAGUGGGAAAGGAUUGAGUUUGGUUUACUGUCAACAACAAGAAAGGGUCUGUUCCCCAGUUCCUGGGGUGGACCCUGCAGUCAGUACGGGCCCUGCCAAAUGCUGAUUAAUACAUAGUGAUUGAUGGUUGCCAGAGUGCUCUGUAAAUGUGGAUGUGUACCAGAAGGUAGAAGGUCAGAUCAGAAGAAGGUCAGAGUUUGGCACUUAUAACUUAUUAGGUCCAGGAUAAUACAUGCCCUUUUAAAAUAGUUAUUAAGCAAAUCUAAUAAUUUUCUUUUUGUUUCACUUUGUUUAUUUAUUCCCUAGCUUUUCAGCACGUUGUGUGAAGAUCAUGGGCGAUAUGAAAACCCCGGACUUUGACGACCUGCUUGCGGCCUUUGAUAUCCCUGACAUGGUUGACCCAAAGGCAGCCAUUGAAUCAGGACAUGAAGACCACGAGGGACAGCUGAAGCACAACGUCCACCAUGAUGAUGAUAACCAGAUGCCCUCUGCCCCUGAUGUGGGAGUCAGUGUUAUUGUCAAAAAUGUCAGAAAUGUUGACUCUUGUGAGCAGCCACUCUCAGACAAAGAUGUUCACCCUUCAGUCGGCAACGGCCUGCAAAAUGGUUUUCUGGGCAUGUGCUCAAGUGACCGGUAUAGCAAAGAGGGUGGGAAGCCCUUGAAGACAGACAGCCAUGGCCCUCCAGCCAACAACCCCUCCUUCAACCAGUUCAGCCCCAUCUCCAGUGCUGAGGAGUUUGAUGAUGAUGACAAAAUUGAGGUGGAUGACCCAGCGGACAGACAGAACAACCUUCCAUGCUUUAGGCCAAACCCCUUAACUGGACUCAUUGGAGGUGGUAUUUCAAAAUCAGGUUCUAAUGUACAGUUUGUGAGAUCCAAACUUGAAAAUGGCAACAGUAGUAAUAGUUCCUCAGCUUCACACUCUCAGAACCCUCUGAAACCAAGAAAAUCAGAGGAGCAGUUACAGGCAGUUGCUCCAAAGGCCUCUGAGAUUAAAGAAACAUCAGAACCUCUAAGUGUGUCCAAUCUCUCCCAAGCCAAAGCUAAAUCGUCGGCUAAGCUCUCAUCUUGUAUCGCAGCAAUUGCAGCUCUCAGUGCAAAGAAAGCCUCCUCAGAUUCUACUGUUCCAGAGUCCCCUACUGCCCUGCAAGAUUCCACUAUGGAGACCAGGGACAAGCCCCAGGAGCAGGAGACAGCUCUAGAGGUAGCCAGGAAGAUGCUUUCCAAACAGCCUGAAAGUCCUUGCAGUGUCACUAGUGAGGGCAGCAGUAAAGGGUCGCCAUCAUCCCCUGCAGGGUCCAUUCCUGUUAUCCCAAAGGUCAGAAUCAAAACCAUCAAGACAUCAUCAGGUCAGAUCAAGAGAACAGUCACCCGAGUGUUGCCAGAGUUUGACCCUGAUGGCCUGAGGAAAGCGACGGACUCAAUUGUGGUCUCCAGUUUGACCUCUCCAACUUCCAAUGCAGUGUUUUCAUCUCCAACUCGGGCAGCAUUACCUACCACAGUCAUGGCCACUUCAGGCAGCUCAACAAUCGAGGUCACCAAACAGGUGACCAUCAAACCUGUGGCCACAGCUUUCCUGCCAGUAUCAGCAGUCAAAACAGCUGGCUCUCAGGUGAUCAACCUGAAGUUGGCUAACAACACCACAGUGAAGGCCACUGUCAUCCCUGCUGCCUCAAUGCAGAGUGCCAGUAGUGCCAUCUUGAAAGCUGCCAAUGCAAUCCAGCAGCAGACGGUGAUGGUGCCUGCCUCCAGUCUGGCGAAUGCCAAACUUGUGCCAAAGACAGUCCACCUCACCAACCUCAACCUGCUCCCACAGGCCUCUGCCACCCCCUCUGAGCUUCACCAGGUCCUCUCCAAGCCCCAGCAGCCAAUCAAACAUGCCAUGGUGGUGAGCCAGCCCCCAAAGAAGGUGUCUCGGGUGCAGGUUCUGGCCAGUUCUCAGAGUUCAGUCGUGGAAGCAUUCAACAAAGUGCUGAGUAGCAUCAACCCAGUACCGGUGUAUGUUCCCAAUCUCAGCCCUCCCUCGGCUGCCUGUAUAUCGAUUCCAUCACGGGGCUACAAGUGCCUCGAGUGUGGUGACUCCUUUGCGCUGGAGAAGAGCCUGUCCCAACACUACGAAAGGCGGAGUGUACGUAUCGAGGUCACCUGCAACCACUGCACCAGGAACUUGGUGUUCUACAACAAGUGCAGUCUACUGUCCCACGCCCGGGGACACAAGGACAAGGGUGUAGUGAUGCAGUGCUCCCACCUCAUCCUGAAGCCCAUCCCCGCGGAUCAGAUGAUCUCCUCUUCAUCGCUGCCCUUCUCUGCUUCUUCUCUCUUGUCCACCACCGUCUCAUCGGGGUCUCUUAGCUCCUCUGUAGCCAGUGCCCAGGGGAAGUCGACCAUGUCAACCGUAAUAUCUGCCCCUUCCUCUGCUCCACUUGUGGCUGCCAUGCCCCUCGAUGAGGAUGCUUCCAGACUUUGCAGACACAACCUUAAAUGUCUGGAGUGCAGUGAGAUGUUUCAAGAUGAGUCAGCACUAGCCAUGCACUACCAACAGGGAUCAGAGUCAAGUGGUCAGAAGACCUGCACCAUCUGUCAAAUGCUGCUGCCCAACCACUGCAGUUUUGCAUCUCACCAGCGCAUCCACCAGCACAAGUCCCCAUACAUCUGUCCUGAGUGUGGAGCCAUUUGUCGUUCUGUGCACUUCCAGUCUCAUGUCACCAAGAACUGCCUUCACUACACCCGCAGAGUUGGCUACCGUUGUGUUCAUUGCAGCGUCAUCUUUGCAGAUAUAGCUGCUCUGAAGUCUCACAUUCAGGGCUCUCAUUGUGAAAUCUUCUAUAAAUGCCCCAUCUGCCCCAUGGCCUUCAAAUCUGCACCAGGCACUCAUUCCCAUGCCUACACUCAACACCCAGGGGUGAAAAUCGGAGAGCCCAAGUUAAUCUACAAAUGUUCCAUGUGUGACACAGUGUUCACCCAGCAGACCCUCCUCUACACCCACUUUGACCAGCACUUGGCCAGUCAGAGGGUGUCUGUGUUCAAGUGCCCCGACUGCACCAUGCACUAUGCGCAGAAGCAGCUAAUGCUGGACCACAUAAAGUCCCUACAUGGCACUUUAAAGACCAUCGAGGGGCCUCCAAACCUGGGGAUCAACCUGCCACUGAGCACCAAGGCCACAAACUCCAUGGGCCCCAAUGCUAACAACAGAGAGGUGGGCUCCUUCAAUGGCGUGGACAAGGGAGAGAAGAAGCCUGUGUCCCCACUGAAGAAGAGCAGCAUUGGCCCAGAGAGCCCAAAGAAGCCCCAGAACCCGGGAUGGACCUGCCGCGACUGCAACCGGCUCUUCACCCAGAGAGAGGUCUACAUCGCUCACGUAAAGAGGGAACACGGCAAGGUAGGAGUGCUCCAGUCACCACCUGAGAAAUCGCAACUGAAGAAGCAUCCAUGCCGGCUGUGUGACAAGUCCUUUAGCUCUUCCCACAGCCUGUGCCGACACAACCGCAUCAAACACAAAGGCCUCCGCAAGGUCUACACUUGCCCGCAUUGCCCAGAGGCCACCCGCACCUUCACUAAGAGGCUGAUGCUGGAGAAGCACAUCCAGCUCACGCAUGACCUCAAGGCUGGAGAGGGGAAGCCAGCGGGAGACAUCGCAACCACUGAGGCCAAUGUAGACAAGCACCUUUCCCAGGUGGCCAGUCCCAAACGCAAGCAGCAGGCUGCCGAUGAGCCCAAGCAGCAGGGUGGCCAGGGGGAGGGAGAGCAGGGGCCGGACGGGGAGGGUCCGGCGGGCGGCGACGGCCCUAGAGGGCAGCCGCUGAAGAAGCUGAAGGUGAGCGUGUGCAAGGUCCACCGCUGCGGCGUGUGCAACUUCAGCACCGAGGACCUGCUACGCUUCCACGAGCACAUCCCGCAGCACCGCUCCGACGGCUCGUCCUUCCAGUGCCGCGAGUGCGGCCUCUGCUACACGUCGCACCCCUCGCUGGCCCGACACCUCUUCAUCGUGCACAAGCUCAAGGAGCCGGCCAGCCUGGGUCGCCACCGCACCGCCCCUGGUCAGCCGGAGGGCCCCGAAGUGGCAGAGGGGGCAUCUGACACGUGCAAAGUCUGCGGUAGGACCUUCGAGACGGAGGGCGCCCUGAACACACACAUGAGGACACAUGGUAUGGCCUUUAUCCGCUCCAAGAGGCUAGGGGCAGCCGACAAGUGACUGGAGGUCCCCCCAUCUGUCCGUCCGAAGCCCAAGGCCCUUCGGUGACCUUUGAACCAGAAACGACAAAAAGUGGAUGUUUGUCCAUCUCCCACGACCCCCAGAAAUGUACAUAUAAACAUGUAUAUGACAAAUGUAUAGAUAUAUCACACACAAAAAGGCCUUUGUGUGUUUAAAAAUAUGUAAUAUAUUUAAAAAGAAAACAGAUUUAUGUAUUUAAAUAUCUAAAAAACUUUUUUUACACUUUCAAUAUGUGUUUGUAUGGAUGUUGAGUAGAUCUUUUUAUAGAGUUUUUAUUUUUUUCAUCCUCAUCCUGUAUUUUUUCGUACUGGUAGUGCUCCAUUCCUCACUGCUGCUAAGGUCCACAGAAUGUUCUGAUAGACUCUCAGCACCUGCACAGGUGUGUUCUGAUAGACUCUCAGCACCUGCACAGGUGUGUUCUGAUAGACUCUCAGCACCUGCACAGGUGUGGUGUGCACACUGUGCACGGACAAUCAGUCGGUUUCAAAGGGCCAGAGAGGAGGUGGAGGUGACCAUUCCUGAAGAAGUCCACUAGAGGUCAUGUUGAGCUCCUGAAACCGGCAGUGAAUGCAUUGUUUUUCUUCCUCUCUCGACGCAGUACCUAUGAAAAUGGUAAAAGUUGUGCGGAACUUCCACUGAGGCUAAUGUGAUUCUGUAUGUGCUCUUCAAGCUCGUGGCCCAUACCAUGUAUUUUUGGUUCUCUUUGUGUGUCUUGAUUCAUGUUCUCAGGCAAUCCUGUCAUACCACAGCAGUUGUGAUAACAGGCCUCUCUUGCAGCCUCUAAACAUAAACAUACAUUGUAUGUUUUAGCCUUUUUCAGUGUCUCCAGACAUGGUCUAAAUCAUUGGUAUUUGGAUUAAUUGCAUCCACAUCUCUCGAUGCUUUGCUCUCAUAUGUGUGUCAUGGUCUGUUAUGGCAGAUCUCUGCCUCUGUUGUUAACAUGGCUGCCUUAGAGAUGUGUUGCCUCCACUCCUGCCGAGCAGGUGUGUUCAUGAGCCUUCCCUGCAUGCUGGUCCAAUCAGAAGUGCUUUGCAGGCCCACUGAGAGCUUGGGUUUCUCUGGCUGUCUCAGUGCUGGAAAGGGGAGUGCCAGAUGUUCUUUUCUUUGUGACUUGCCAAUUAACAGCGUGGCCUAGCCACGGGGAGCUCUCAGCGUGCAGCGCAACGCAGCCCAGCACAGGGACAUGAGUCAGCCCCUAGACUAACCUCGUCAGGAGCAAGAGUGACAAGUGGCCAAAGGAAAACAAGUACGACGGAAGAAAAGAAUGACUUGCCUUCUAUGUAAAGAAUGUCUUAAGUUUAAAUAAGUUUAAAUAAAUAAUAUUUAGACUGGAAAUCCAUUUUUUUGUUUUUUUCCCCCCACUAAUCAGCAGGUCAUUGUAGCUAAAGUUCAUUAGUUUCCCUUUUCAAGUUAUGUUUUACAUUAAAGACAAAAGAACAGUUAUCUGGGAACAUGCUGAAGAAAAUGCUGUUUAAGUAUGUUUUGGUUCCACUGUUCCGUUAAAGGACCAGGUUUUUAUGUUUUGAGCGUCUGAAUAUUUGUCAAAAUAAUAUGCAUGACAGAAGCCAUCAGUGGUUGUUAUCUGUUACUUAGAAGGUGUCUUGCUGCUGUUCAGUAGAGAUAUUAGAUGUUUGUGUACAGACCUGUUCUCAGUAAACAAUAAACAUAAACUCU